AUGACGGCUGGGGCGUGUUACCGCAUUUGCGUGAAUGUAGGCUGGACCGAAAGAAAUGGAUCUUUGAACCGCAGUUCGAGCUUCAAUUCGAGCGGAAGAGGAAGCGGUGGAAGUGGCUGCGAUGGCGAAGAGCCUUAUUCCGACGUCUCGCUUGAAGAGGACGUCAUAGAUCUCAAUCACAAGGUCUCUUUGCCGCUCUGUUUCGAUGACAACGAACGAUUUCGUAUUCUAGUAAAUUUGCUGCAGGAGCAGAUCUCUGCGUUGGCCGACAACCAGAAUACAACUGACGAUCGGUACCAGAAGGUCAAGCAUGAGAACUCGACACUGAACUCCAGAAUCCAGAUGCUGGAGGAACAAUUGAGAGAGCUUGAGAUGCGAGGGGAAGACCAGUUGGUGAGCGAGCAGAAACGAUGCCGUGAGCUGGUCGCGAGAAUCGAGCGC